AUGUCACCUUCAGUGAGAACUUUAUGUCUAAAACAAUACGUUGAGAACAAUUUCACUAUGGCGACCGCAGAUCCCAGAAAAAAAUGCAUCUCUACAUCGUGGCACCUGUUGAUAAACCAUGCUUAUUUCGUGGCAACACAUCCCAUAGCUCUUCGCCGACUGCUUGAUCCGCAAAUUCACAGGAAAAAUUCACAAGACGAGGAAAUGUGGCGAUUUUUGCGUGGAUCCGGCACAAACUGGAUUUCUGCUUUGUUGGUAAUUGCCCUCACGGUGAAUAUCUUUAUCCUUUUAACAGAUAGAGGGAGAGAUAAAGGUAAACAGAGAGAAGGCAAGUCUUCCAUUGGUUCAGAUGAGAACAACGUUGAGGAGCCGCUUCCGUUGCCAGACCUUGUGAAGGAGAAUUCCCUUCUUCUCGGCAAGAGGUUGCCAAAGAAAGUGAGUUUGGCGGUAGCAAUGCUCCUGCGCGGCAGUUGCUGCGGUUGGUACCAGUUCACCAAAGCGGUUCGUCAAAUCGCAGAGCAAGAUCCAAAGCGCGAAGGCGCACAGUCUUUGGUUGUUGUGUUGCUGCUAGCUGAGACAAGAAAGACAAAAGCGAAGGAGAUCGUUGUCCAUAUCCAAUCAGAGAUAAACGACUUGGUGAAAAGUGGCUACGUACAGUUGGUUGUAUCGAGAUUCGACGUAGACCCUAAUUACUUUGAAAGAGUUAGAAACGCAGACUUAAAGGAAGUUUCAUCAACAAUAUCAUUGAUCAAUUAUCGCAUUGCAUUUUUAUUAAAAUACUGUUUGGAAGUUGCGGAUCAUGCAUUCAUGGUGGACAGCGAUUCUGCCAUAGGCAUUGGAGCGAUCAACACAGUAUUCAAGGAGAUGGACAAUAUGAAGCCGAAUACCUUGCACGUUGAAUUUGAGGAGAACAGCUUUUUUACGAUGCUUUUCAACGGGAGGUACUUACCACGUGUAUAUGGAACAUUCUAUGCAAUGGCACAGUUAGGAAGGCCCAUAGAUAUCUUAAAAACAAUCGCCUUUGUCAGUGUCCAUACUGAUAAAUACCAAUAUAUUGGCGAUCCAAUUUUGACUAAAGUACGACCAGAGUCUUCCAACCCCCCUGCAACCAUUGAGACCAAUCUACUAGCUAACGGCGUGUACAAUGCUGAAAACGCGUACUUAGGGAAAGGCUUCUCUUGGUUUAUCACACCUAAGAAGGGGAACUACUUAACGAUCAAAUUCAAAAACCCAUCAAGACUCAAAACAGUAUACAUAGAAUCAGGAUUUGACAUCUCCGGUCGAGAUUCGCUGACAGAGGCUCUCUUAGAGUUCAGUUAUAGCCAAGACCAGGGUGAAUGCACCCAGUACGAGGUUGUUGCCUCGUUUAAUGAAGUUUUCUUUGUUGAGCUCUCAAAAGAAGCAAGUGAGAAUGAAAAACAUUUUUCAAAGCCAAUUUUAUGCAUUCGAAUACGAAUUACUGAAGAUUUUGUCGCAUGGGCAUCAAUCAAAAACAUCGUAUUGCUUGAAGAUAAAUGAAUGGAAAUUCUACCAUGAAAUUGGGAACAGAGCAAGGGUCAUUUGGUCUUGCUUGAAUCGUACACCAUAUGAUACAAAAUUUAUAUUAGGAAUAUCGUCACACUUUAGAAACUUUUUCAUUAUUGUAGUAAAUGCUUUGCGUCUCAAUUUAGGCCAUCCAGUUUUGCUAUGCUCAUUUCAUUCAACUGAUUCUUCUGUACAAUUCCUUGUCAUAAUUUGGAUCCUUUCAUGACAUUGUCGAAACUUCGAUGUUUCUAACCAGUCAUCAAGUCGUUUUUGUUUACUUUAUAUUGCGUUAAUUAGGUACGUUUAUAUGUUGUAAUUCAUAUACAAAUUCUGUUAAUUCAAUUCAACUCCAGUAAAUCAGUGAAAUGCGCAUUACACCAUACAAUGCUCUGUAC